AUGAGUGGAAGCGAGCAACCGCGUGGUAGUGGCGGUUCAAUUGGUGGAAAAGGUGGACGAGCAAGAAAUGACCCUGUGGGAACUGGUGGGAGUACAGCCGAUAGUCAAUUAACACAUUCUGAUCCAAAUGAAGGUUUGGCCAAUGCACAAACAGGUGUUACAACAGCAUCGACAGAUCGAAUAGGAGCAAAAAGUUCAAGUCAAAUACCGGGAAAUACGGGAUUUGGUGAUCAGACUCAAGCUGGUGGGAGUAUGGGUGCUGCAGGUGGAAAUAAUAAUAAUAAUAAGCAGACAAGUGGUGGACAAAGUGGAAAUAAAUAA